AUGUAUCUUGCUUGUGAGAGGAGUGGCCAAUAUAGAGCAACAAAGAAGGUAAAACAUGAUGGCAACAAUACAUCAAGAAUAACCGGUACGAAGAAAUGUGGUUGUCCUUUUGAUAUGAGGGCUCACAGGUUUACCACACAUGAUGAAUGGACAUUGACCGUAGUAUGCAGAUUGCAUAAUCAUCCACCUGCGGAGCACCUCGAGGGACAUUCAUAUGCGGGGAGGCUAUCAAAGGAUGAGAAAACAUUGUUAAUGGAUAUGUCAAAGAGCAUGGUUCGGCCAAAAGAAAUCCUAGUAACCUUGAAACAGGUGGUACAGAGAGCUGGAAGAUCACAGAUGCAACACUUAUUGGGUGAAUUGGCCAAGUAUAAUUACAUUGAGCGCCAUCGGUCUGAAGAGUCCAUGAUGACUGUGACAGACUUGUUUUGGGCAUAUCCUACUAGUUUGGACUUAUUUCGGUCUUUCCUGCGUAUAUUAAUUAUGGAUUGCACAUAUAAAACCAACAGAUAUCGGCUUCCUCUUAUUGAAAUUGUGGGAGUGACAUCAACUGAAAUGACAUUCUCUGUAACUUUCGCAUACUUACAGUAUGAGAGGGUCGAUAACUAUGCGUGGAUGUUUGCUACAUUGCAUGAUGUCAUGGAUGGGUUUGUUGUGCCAACAGUUAUUGUUACUGACAGAGAGCUAGCCUUGAUGAAUGCCAUACAGAAGAUAUUCCCGAGUGCCAGACAUUUAUUAUGUCGUUGGCAUAUCAGUAAGAAUGUGUUGACCAAAUGCAAGAAAAUGUUUGAGACACAGCAAAAAUGGGAGAAGUUCAACCAUGAGUGGAACUCUGUAGUGUAUUCAUCUUCUGAAAUUCAAUACGAGGAGCGUCUUAAAUCAUUACUUAAGGAAUUCAGUAGUUAUCCUGAUGCAGUCAAAUACGUCAUGGAUACUUGGUUGGUUCCUUACAAGGACAAAUUUGUGGCGGCAUGGACAGACACGUGUAUGCAUUGUGGCAAUGUUACAACGAACUGGGCUGAGAGUGCACAUGCAAAACUUAAAAGACAAUUGGGUUCAUGUCAAGUCUCAUUUCAGGCAUCAUUUGAGAAAAUACACAGUCUGCUUGAGUUGCAACACACUGAUAUCAAGGCUUCAUUUGAGAAAAGUCUAACUGUUGUGCAACAUCAAUUUAAACCUUCUCAAUUCAGGGAGCUACGGGGUAAUGUGUCUAUCUCUGCAUUGGAGUAUUUGCUUGUCGAGAGUAAGAGAGCCAAUUCCAUUGGUAUUGAUGUUGAAGCUUGUGGAUGCGUCCUUCGCCACACUCAUGGUUUACCUUGCGCCCAUGAGAUUGCUGACUACAUCAGACAAGAUCGUCCUAUACCACUUGCUACCAUAUACUCACAGUGGAGGCAACUUCAUAUCUCUAUAUGCAAUAAAGAAAAGGAAACGGAGGUGACUUGUCAUGCAGAAGUAGAGUUAUUUGUGAACAAGUUUAAUGAAAGUGAUAGAACCAUGCGAUUGGAGCUUUUGAAGAAGUUGAAAGAGAUUAAGAAGCGACCUGUUAAGGGAAAUGAGAAGGUGAAUCCGAAAGGAAAGGCAUACAUUACUAGAACAGUGAAACCUGGUGCAUAUGUUGAUGCUUUCCCUGCUGGGUUGAAACCAUACAUUAAGUUUGUCAAGGAUGUAGCUGCAAAUGGGAAUUAUGGUUUCAGGGCUAUAGCUGCUUCAAUUGGUCAUACAGAAGAUGAUUGGGCUCAGGUUAGGCGUGAUCUGUUGCGUGAGCUGCACACACACAAAGAGGAAUACAUUACACUUUAUGGGUCCUAUGAAAGGUUUGAAGAAUUGACAAGCAUAUUGUCAUACUUUGAAGACAGUCCUGGAUACUCACAUUGGAUGACUAUGCCAGACAUGGGGCAUCUUGUUGCAUCGUGCUACAAUCUUGUGUUAUACCACUUGUCUUUACAGCAAUGUUUCACCUUUUUACCUCUUAGAACAGUGCCAGUACCUCAACUUGAUAGACGUGAGAUUGCCAUUGGGUUUGUCAACGGAAAUCAUUUCGUUCAGCCAGGCCAUCCAGUUCCUCCUAUUGCCACUAAUUGGAGAAAAUACCGUCACCCUUGUGCUGUCGACUGGGAUGAUGCAUAUGUGCGUCGCAUUCAACAUUUCAAGGACAUUAUUCAUGAUAAUGUAGCUACUCGAGAGACUUUUGAUGUUGUUGAUGUCGCAUGA